CAACACUUCGUGUUUAUAACAGAUGCGCACUGUAUGCAUAGCUCGGAUUUUAAACUGUCGAAUUUUAUCGUUUUAUGAUUGUGCACAAUUGUAAAUAGGAAAUGUACUAAAACAAAACGCCGAUUCUUUUUUAAAAUACAUAUUCUUACAUAAGUUUUAGUUUAUCUGUAACGCCUCAACAUUAUAUACAGCUCCGCGAGUAGUACUAGGCCUCAGUAUGACGUGUUUUUUUCUGUCAGUUUCGCUCGCGAGUUUUUUUUUUUCUUCUGGAAACUAAUUUUUCGUUUUUGGUGUUUUUCGGGAACCUCAGAACUCAGUUUUGACGGGGGAAAAAAAAGCUCACCCAAUCUAUUGUAUUAUAUUCCGAUUUGGUAUUGUGAAAUGUGAAUUUGGUUAUUUUUAUUUUAAAACAGAGUUUGAAAUGGAGAGCAAACCCCUCAACACGCCUUCUUUCAAGAUGCGAACAAGAAGUUCAAAUUCAUACAAACGACAGGAGCUGAAGUUCGGCGCUGCGCCCCACGACAUGCUGGCAGAUUUUCUGAUUAAUUUAAACGGUAAAAAUAGAGAACAUUUGGAAAAUGUGUCGGAGCACGCUGGGACUUUCAAGCAAAGUAGACUAGUAGAGUCUGUUUUCCUGAUUUGUGAAGUGUUGAGACUGGAGCCGUUCACUGCAUAUCAAGCAAUAGAAAUCUUAGAAAGGUUUAUGAUCAAUCACAUUGAAGAGAUGUUUGUUGCUGCUCUGCCAUCUGGCGCUGACGGAGGCAAAGGAGACAUUUACGGCUCUCUGCUCAUAAAGCUGAGCGACAAAUUUAUGCUUCUGGUCUUUUCCUGUGUCCAGUUAGCUAGCAAACUUGCACUCCACUGCAGGAUUGUUGACAACAGCACUGCUGUUAAGUUCUUGCAGUCUUUGGGUUACUCCUAUAACAAAGAAACAUUACUGGAGUCGGAACUUAACAUCCUGAAAACGCUAAAUUUCUACAUCAACAUUCCAAAUCCACUUACUUAUGUUGAGACGCUGUUGGAAGUUUUGGGAUACAAUGACUCAGAUGUUCCCAUAAAGUAUCUGCAUAAGAUCAGUCAGCUAGUGCUUCAGUUCGUUUACCUUCAGAGAAAUCCAAUUUAUCAUAACUUACUAGUGGCUACAAUUGAAAAUUCAGCUCCUAGUGAAGUUCAGAGAGUGAAGUUUUUGUCAGUCAAAGAGGACAGCAUGCUUCUAGCAGUUAGUGUUAUUGCAGUUAGUGCCUUCAUUCUUAACUACACCACAUGGGACCAGGUACUCGAGGAGUUAAGAUGUAUAACUGGAAUUAAUGGAGAGAGCAUCUCAGACUUCUCGCACAUUAUAUUAAAAGAAAUUAUGGGAACCGGAACACCUUUAAAAUCCCUCUGAAAUAGAACGAACUGUGAGUCAACAUGGUGAGAUGCAGAAAGUACUUAACAUACUGGCUGCAACACAUUUUUAAAACGUUAUGGAUUUACAGUGGGCUACACAAAUCUGAAUUGGAAUCAAAUGUAUUAUCUGGUCUGUGAUCCGUUUGUGGCACAGCGAGUACCAUUUAUGCAUGCAAAUGGAGCUGGAAAAAAAUGUUAACUUACUUCUAGCAUCUCACAUAUUACUCUUAGUCUAGCCAGUUAAGUGUUUUUUUUUAGUGACAAUGCACAGGUAGUGAAACACCUACCUAAAUGUACUGCUGUACAGUAUUUGAGUGGCUCAGAACCCUUGUGGUCUCUGUUAUUUCCACAUUUUGAAAAAGUUAGAUUUUUGGAAAUAUAUAUAUAUAAACAUUAUACAGUAGAUAGCUGGGAUGAAAUAAAAUGAUCUCAACAUUUUCUGAAAUGUGUUUCUGUAAGCCUGACGCAUACCAAAAGUCACUGUUCUAAACCACUCUAUUUAAAUAAAAAAUAAAAAUAAGUCUUGUUA